AGGAAGAGGAGAGAGAUGGCGGAGGAGAAGCCUGAAGUGCUUGACGCGGUGCUGAAGGAAACAAUUGAUUUGGAAAACAUACCCAUUGAGGAGGUGCUUGAGAAUCUGAGAUGUAGCAAAGAGGGUCUCAGCAGUGAGGCUGCUGAGGAAAGAUUAGCCAUUUUUGGGCAUAACAAGCUUGAGGAAAAGCAGGUUACUCUCCUCAUAUUCACAGCCCCUUUCUUUGUUCUUCACAAACUGUGUUUUCUUCUUCAUGUUCUCACAAUUGUGUGGUAUGGGUGUUGUGUUUCAAGAGAGCAAGUUUUUCAAGUUUUCGGGUUACUGUUGCUAUUUUUUUUACACUGCUUGCAUUUUUGGUGAUUUGUUUGUUGAUUUGUGAUCUUUGUUUAUCUGUAUGCAGGG